AAUUUGUACCUCAAUUUGUACCAUCCGAAGUAAAGUGAUUUAAAACCAUAUUUUCUUGUUCAUCUCGCCAAAUUGAAGGCGUCUGUAAGGUGUAUUUAAAGUGAUUACGAUGGCGAACGACGAUGCAGUUUUGAAACAGUAUUUGUCAAAAUACAAGCACUCGGAUUAUACAGCUCGAGAGGUGAUCACAGUGAUACAGCGAUACCGAAGCUUGAACUACAGAUUAGAAGCCUUUGUGUUCAACAACGGCACUAGAAAAGACCUGUUAAACCUUGAGGGAACAAUACCAGUGAGCUACAAAGGCGCAAUUUACAACAUACCAGUUUGCAUUUGGUUAAUGGACACGCAUCCUCAAAAUGCCCCUCUUAGUUUCGUGAAACCUACACCUGAUAUGUCUAUUAAAGUAUCUAAAUACGUUGACAGCAAUGGCAAAGUGUACCUCCCCUAUCUCCACGAAUGGAGCGGCAAUGGAUCUACGUUGUUGAACCUCAUUCAGUGGAUGAUUACAGCUUUUGGUGAAAUCCCUCCAGUGUACUCGAGGCCCCGCGACCAGCCGCCGCGCCCGCGCUGGCCCGGCGACCCCGCCGCCAACUCCUUCAUGCCGACACCCUCUGGAUAUCCUCCAUACCCUCAGGUGUCCACUCAACCACCAUACCCCACAGGAGGGGCUGCUUGGCCCACAUCUUCUAACCUUCCAUACCCUAACUAUGGAUCACCGUACCCUGGACAGAUGCCUGUGAAUGGCACACCAUACCCACCUGCUGCUAAUCCAACUCCGUAUCCUCCCGUACCGAACUAUGGUGGUGGGACAGAUGUAGCUGGUGGUACCAUCACUGAAGAACACAUCAAAGCAUCUUUACUGUCAGCUGUGGAGGACAAGCUGAGGAGACGCCUCAAGGAGCAGUCCCAGCAGUCGCAGGCUGAACUGGAGACCCUGCGCCGCACACAGCAGGAGCUAAAAGAAGGGAAAUCUAGACUUGAAGAUAUUCUAUUCAGACUACAAAGGGAGAGAACUGAGUUGGACAAAAAUGUUGCAAUAUUGCAGGAAAAAGAGAAGGAAUUGAAUGUAGCAGUGGAGCGCCUCGCUGACCAGGAGGGCAUAGAUGUGGACGAGGCUGUGGUCACCACUGCCCCACUCUACUCUCAGCUGGUGAAUGCAUUUGCUGAAGAAGCUACUCUGGAAGAUGCUAUUUAUUACAUGGGAGAGGCACUCCGUAAGGAGGUUAUUGAUCUGGACACAUUUUUGAAACAAGUACGUACUCUAGCUCGUAGACAGUUCACUCUCAGGGCUCUGAUGCACAAGUGCAGGCAGAAGGCACAACUUGCAUGUUAAGAAUCUUUAAAAUUUUACAGGAAAUACUAUUGGAUGUUUACUUGAUGGAAUGACUCAUAAGAGUAAUUAAUAAGUGAGUGCAUAUUAUCUAGAUGUAUCCUUCUUGACUGCCUCAUCAUUUGCUAAAUAGAAAUCAAAUGUAUAGUGAGCUAAUUCUAGUAUCCAUUUUGAUUGUAUUCAUAAAUAUAUUCAACUAUUUAAUGGACAUAAUAGAGAGUUUUGCAUUUUUUAUUAAUUAUAGAUAAACAUCACAAUAAAUAAUAACUUCACUGAAAUAACUGAGGAAUUCACUGCUGCUUGAGAAAGGCAGGCAACAUUUUUAUAUUUAAAAAAGUCUUGAAUGAUGCAAAUAUUGAAUUUUAUCUUUUUUAUUGCUUUUGGAAUUAUAAGUAACUUAUCAGUUACAAUUAAACUACAUUAUUACUGAGCCUUGAAAUUGACCUCAGUACCCUAUUGUAAUAGCACAACUAUGUGCCAGUCAUUAUAAAGAUCAAUUGGCAUGAUCUAAGAUUUCAGUUAAAUAAUUGUGAAUGUAUCCUUUUAGAAUUGUAGAUGGUUAUUGGUAGGUGUUGCAUAAUUGCAUAUCACUCCUUUUCAUGUUCUUCAGCACUGAUAUAUCAUUAAAGGUGGUAGACAAUAAAUUUUACUUUGAUUUGAA